AUGCCUCGCACCACCAACAACCCGGUCGAUGACCCUCGCAUCACCCUUCGCCUCAAAUGCGGUAUCCACACAAUCUUCCUCUUCGUUAUGCUAGAUUGGACCUUUGCCAAGGUGUCCGAAGAGCUACUCAUGAUCCUCCAUGACCGCUACCCCAACGGUCUUACAUUCAGCGUCGACGCCGAACCGGUCCCUCUCCCCGAAGGCGAUGUCAAAAUCGUCUAUGGAAUCCCUAGACACCCUAAUGGGGAUUUAAGCCACGGGUGGAAGAAGCUUAAGGUGGAAGACGUGGACACGGUAGAAUCAUCCAAGCUUGCGGAUGUAAGCGCUGUGGCCUUUGCGCUGGUUGAUCCCGAGUCGGAGGGCAAUGUGACGUUUGAUGUCACUGUUCCGCGGUUGGACGACUAUGAUGAAGAGUACUGA